UCGCAUUCAAUUCUAGGGAAAAUGGGUCGCUACAAAAGAGUCAUAGGAAGCAGGAAUUACAGCAAUUAUACCACAGCACAACUAGAAGAGGCACUUCGACUGAUUAGAUCGGGUGUAAUAUCACAAGUUCUACGAGAUUGCGGAAUAAGCUGAAGGAAGUGCACAAUAGACCUGCAGAUGGCCAGGGCCGUGUUGUCACUGGAGGAAGAAA